UCGAUAAUCCCUUUCAAAAUUUGUAGGUCUUCAUGGUGGAGGUCUUCAGAGUUAACUUAUGUCUUCAGACUAGUCUUCAGAUUCAGACUUAGGUCUUCAGACAGACAGAAACAGAAUCCACAAAAAUACUAUAAAAACAGCUUAAAAUUUUUAAAUUUUAACUUUGCUCAUCAUCACAAAGGUACCUUUUUCUCUUUUUCCCCGUUUUUAUUUCUAAAUUAAUUCUUCCUUUAUUUUUUAGUCAGUCAUGGACAAUUCUUCUAGCGAUUCGUCGAGCUCUUCUGGCAUUUCCUCGGGCGCAUCGUCAACGGAGAAUUCUACCUGUUUUUCACCCGGCGAGUCGACGACAAUCUCUUCAGCAAUCUUCACUGCCCGCGCUGUUUCUGAGUCGGCAGAGGAGGCGGUCAAACGGGAGCGGCGGCGUCGGAGGUACGAGGAGUUGCGUCGGGAGUAUUUUGAGCUGCGCCAAGAGAACAAGGAGUUGCGUCAGGAGGGACAUGGGCUGCGUCGGAUGCUGAAGGAGAAGAAAAAGGGGGCCAAACGACUUCAUGCUUCGUUAGGGAUCGCAUUAGAAGGGCUCAUAAAUUCUGCGCUAGAUAAGCUUAACAAUGUUCUUCGUCGCCGGAGUCGCAGAGGAUGA